GAGCCGCCUCUUCUCUCGCCCGGCGCCCUGAGGAGUUGCCCAAGUGUUCCGGACGCGCGUUUUCGGGGCCCAGUAAUCCUGGAUGGUGAGCAUCAGCCUGGAGACCUGAUGAAGAAGCAGGGCCAACCCUGGUCUGUGUCACUGGUGACCUCCAAAAAGAAUCAGUGGCUCUUGCCUCCAUCUUCUGUCCCAAGGUACCCAACAGGCUCCCUGCCCUGCUGCCCCCAGCUUAGUAGUCAGAGCUCCCCUCUCACACUGUCUUUGGGAAUCCCUCUGUGUCCAAGUCCUUCCUGCAGCCCCACCAGUGGGUCUCCAGCACCCUUCAGAGCCUGCACCACAGCACCCUGCCAAGGCAACGGAGUGUUGAACUGUUUGCCCCCCAGCUCCUCCAGCAGCAGUUCUCUGGUCAGUGGGAAGGCUGAGGGCAGGUUUGGCCAGCAAACCCCACAGAACCCACCUGCCAGGUUGGACGAGACCUGCGUGGCUGCCAGAAUCCGCCCGGUUCGCACGUGGUGGAGGCGCCAGCUGGUCCAGGCUGCCUCGGGCUCCCACUGCAGCAGGAGGCCCCUGAGACCCCUCCCUGUGAGGUGCAGCUGUGAGUGGCCCAGCUCCUGCAUCCUGUGUAGCUGCAGAGUCUCUCUCCAGACCUUAGACCCCAACACCAUGUCCCUGGCAGAGUGCAUCGCCCUCCUGGACUCUGGCUUCCACCCCCUCCUUUCUCUGUCUCAGGGUUCACUGUGUGAAGGGAGAGGGCAGCCCAAAGGAGCAUCCAGUCACAGCUUCCCUGUUCCCAGUCCUCAGGCUCAUAAGUAUGGUCCUUUACACCACCCACUGUUCUUGUACCCAGAGACUCCUGCCCUUCCUGCCAGCCAGACCCCUUCCACUGCCAGCUCAGCACUGUCCUCAAAAAGAAGAAAAGCAGGAUGUUCCUAUGACAUUGACAACAUGGUGAUCCCCAUGUCCAUCACAGCUGUUGCUCAGGUGGAGAAGCCUCAGUACAAAGAGAUUGUAGUUCCAAGGUACCUACAGACCAGGCCUGUUGAUCCUGCCCUCCUGUGGGUGAUGGGAGGAAAUGGCUUUAGCUGGGCAGAAGGAGAGUUGUUCCCUUAAGGAAGUAAUUCCUAAUGGAUAAAAAAGGAAGUAUUUCCACUUUUAAAAAGUGAUUAGUAUUAUUUGGAUGUAACUGUUAGUACCAAAUGUGCUUCUCCUUGAAGUGAUCGACAGCUUGUGUUGCCCCUUGCAGCUGGAGGAUAGCAGAGCUCAAGGACCUGAGGCCUUAGAAUCAAGUGGACUCUGAGGUGAGAAACCAGUUUUGCCCAUUUGUCUGAAAGGUCUGUAGCCAUCUGUAGCAUGGUAGCAGCUCAGUUGGUGUUUAGCAGGUCCUCAGUUCUGCCCAGGGAGCAGUGUCUGUAGGACAACAUGCUCAGUAGCUGCAGCCAGUGCAAGGCCAGCAGAGCUGAGGCUGGUGGUGGCAUGUCAGCUGUGGGACACUGCUGGCUGCAGGAGAACAAACCCUGUUGUUGUGCAUGAUUUAAUGCCUGGCAGCUGUUUCUAUGAUGCCUGCAUCUGCCUCCUGGCCACUCAGGCUGGUGAGCAAGUUCCCAGUUCCGUACAUAAUGGAAAGUAUGCAAAUGGGUGAUACCAGGUGUGUGUGCUGGUUCCCAGACUGUUUGAAUGGGUUGGAUGUUGCUCACCUGAACUUUUAGAACAGUAGGAUUGGCCUGCAGGAAAGACUUCAUGCUCUGGGUAUUCAGGCAAAACUUCUCUUCCUAGUUGGAGGAUACUUCUGAUGAGAUGUACUCCAGUCAUCACUCCAAACAUGAAGAUCUUGAACGAGCCCACUGCGAUUCCUGGGCAGCAGCUACUUCCCAGAGGCAAGGGAGCAGGAGCCACAGAGGGAGGUCCUCCAACAAAGCAGAGGGUGGAUGGGCCAGGCAGCCUCAGCCAGCAUCUCCAGCUGCUGGAUCUAAUUGCUUGGAUGAUUUGUACAUGCUCUCUUCUCCUGGCUUGCACAGCCCUGAGACUUGCAGCAGUUUGUGGUCACGCUCUGCCCAUGGUGGGACCAGGUGGUGCUGCCUUGCAGUGAAGACACCAGAUCUUCCCUGGAAAUACAGAUAGUGAGACUAUGAACAGUAAGGAAUGUCAGUGGAGAUGGAAGGUCUUGAUACCAAGGGAAAGCUGAGCUGGUGAUCCUGGAAGUGUUGUGAGUAGCUCAGUAUUCAUUGCUCUUAAGCUUGGCUUUGCUUUGGCAUCCUGACAAAUUGAAUCUGCUGCAGGUUGGCUGGACAGGGUGGAUGAUACUGUAGAGUUCUUGGAGUCUUCAGGCUUUUAAUUUCAGCAACUCUGCCUUCUCACUCCACAGGAGGUGCAGCCUUGGGAGCCUCGCACAUUCCUGCUUUCAGAUUCUGCAUACCAAGGUCUUCUCCAGCACUCAGAUGAAGAUGGCUGUGACCAGGCUGACCUUCCACCCUGGGUCUCUAGCAGGAAGCAGAGCAUCAGGCCCACCUCUGCAGAUACACACCUGAAAACAGGCAGCAAGACCAGCACGGAGGAGUUCGUGGUCCAGCAGUGCAGCCCAGGACAGCUGGUCAGCAAUGCCUAGCCCAGGCUGUGGUGUGUGUGAAGCCUUGGCUGCCUGUGCUGUGGCAGCACAAUCCUGUCUGCUGCACUGGUGCAGAGGAACACCAGGGGUGUGUGGCACUGCUGCCUGUCACCUCACUUCAGCAGCAGAGGAGAUUUCCAGGUGAGGAGAGGCUUAGGCACCUGAUGGACCUGUGGUGCCAGACUUCCAAGGGAUUGUGCUUUCAAAAAAAAAAAGUCCAGUUUCUGGUCAGCUCCACCACACAAGGCUGAACUGCUGUGUCACAGGGUGUUCAGGUGCAGAGAAAGGAAAGAAGAUCUGAGUAAAAUUGAUUCCAACGGUAGAAAGGAAACAGCACUGUUCAGUUUUGAGCUCUGCCAAAGUGCUUCUCAGGUGGCUGUUGGGUCCUUAGUGGCUAGAAGCAGUUUCCAGGGUGGUGCUGCCUCCCCCCAGAUCAAUUUACAAAUGCCACAGGUCAGAGGAGGCCUUUUGGUGAACUUGGUAUGAACCAAAUACCUGAUGAGGGAGAGGGAAGGAGAAAGCUGCAUGGUAUGUUCUCUAAAACACAGCUUUCAAAAAUUCAUCUCCUAAGUACAUGAAAAUCAGGCUGCUCUUGUCCUGCAUAAUUGAAGUUUUGUAUCUGCUUCCUUCAAAGGAACUGCAGGUUUCAUAACAGUUGUCUUGCAAUAUCCUUGCUGUAAUAAAAUUGAUACCAUUCUUUUUCUUUUCUGAAGUGCCUCCUCUCCUUGGAGGGAAGAUAGUGGCUCAGGGGGUUUGGCAAGGAAAAGCCACCCAGCUGAGGAAAAGCUGCAUUCUGCAGGAGGGACCUGCAGCUGCUGCCUGUUCUGAGGUGAUUGGGGUGGUGAGAUGUGCUCAGGAGAUAAGUUUCAAACCUGAGCAGUCUGAUAAAAUGUCUGUCCCCACCACAAUGUAUCAAAACUAAUACAUAUCUUGAAUCUGGAUUAAAGUGACCAGGAACCAUAUUCCAGCUUGACUAAAACUUCUCAGUUAAAAUUUUCUUGAGCAAAAGGUUUUUUUUUUUUUUAAGUUUUUAUAACCAGUUCAUAGUGGAAUAUACUCACCUUGCCUUUCAGAA